GUUAAACGCAUAAAUAUGCGUCUUUGAAUAGUCACUCGGUCCCUUCCCUACUUUAUACGCCGUCGCUUGACGGGUCGACCAAGGUAGGGCGUUAUGCCUUGCCGCGCGAAUUCAUACUAGUAUUCUGGUUUUGCUGUUACAAAAAAUAUAUUACUAGUGGUGUAUUUUACCGUUUUUUAACACAAAAGUGAUGUGAAAAAUCUAUUGGUUUAAUGUAAUGUGUUAAAAUCGUAAUAAUAAAUAGUUAGUGCCCUUGUGUACUAUAAUUAGUUUUUAUAUAACUAAAUGUGUUCUUAGUUUAACUGCUGUGUUAAAGGAUAAAAGACAAUGUCUCGAAGGAAAUUGCUAAUAGGCGGCGCAGGAGCGGCGGGCGCGGCGUUGGCUGGCUGGGCACUCUACGCGGACGAUAAACCGCAAUGGUACAACGGGCCAACAGUGUCAGCAAAGACGGAGCGCAAGAAGCGGCCGCUCCCUUCUCGCACAGAGCAAGUGAACAUGCUGCAGGCCGGACACACCUACGACGUGCUCAUCAUCGGAGGGGGCGCCACCGGAGCAGGGUGCGCCCUCGACGCUACCACUAGGGGGCUGCGCACCGCACUAGUGGAGGCGGACGACUUCGCCAGCGGCACGUCUAGCCGCAGCACCAAGCUCAUCCACGGCGGCGUGCGAUACCUCCAGAAGGCCAUCCUGCAGCUCGACUACGAGCAGUACAAGAUGGUGAAGGAGGCGCUGCACGAGCGAGCCAACAUGCUGGAGGUGGCGCCGCAUCUAACCCGGCCACUGCCUAUACUACUGCCGGUAUAUAAAUGGUGGCAGGUCCCUUACUACUGGUUCGGUAUCAAGAUGUACGACAUAGUCGCGGGUGACAGAAACCUGAAGAGCUCCUACUAUUUAUCAAAGAAGAACACUCUAGAACUAUUCCCCAUGUUGAAAUCCGACAACUUGUGCGGCGGCAUCGUAUAUUAUGAUGGUCAACAAGACGACGCGCGCAUGUGCCUGGCGAUAGCACUGACGGCGGCGCGCCACGGCGCCACCAUCGCCAACCACGUCAAGGUCACCAAGCUGUACAAGACCAACAACAAACUCAGCGGAGCACGCCUUAAAGACGAACUAACGGGCAAGGAAUGGGACAUCAAAGCCAAGUCCAUCAUCAACGCGACCGGCCCCUUCACAGACUCCAUCAGGAAGAUGGACGACCAGCAGCUCAAGGACAUCUGCUGCCCGUCGUCUGGCGUGCAUAUUGUGCUGCCUGGAUACUACAGUCCAGAGCACAUGGGUCUUCUGGACCCGUCGACGUCAGACGGUCGUGUGAUCUUCUUCCUGCCGUGGCACAAGGGCACCAUCGCCGGCACCACGGACCUGCCUUGCCAAGUCACCCACAACCCCAAACCCACCGAGGACGAAAUCCUGUUCAUCCUCACCGAAGUCAAGAACUACUUGAAUCCGGACGUUGAAGUGCGCCGCGGCGAUGUGCUGUCGGCGUGGUCGGGCAUCCGGCCGCUGGUGUCGGACCCCAACAAGCCGGACACGCAGUCGCUGGCGCGCAACCACAUCGUGCACGUGUCGCCGUCCGGCCUCGUCACCAUCGCGGGCGGCAAGUGGACCACCUACCGCUCCAUGGCGGCGGAGACUAUCGACGCUGCCAUCGAAAGUGCGAAUCUAAAACCCUUGUACAAAGAGUGCCAGACCGACGGCUUCUUGAUAGAAGGCGCCCACGGCUGGACGCCCACCAUGUACAUCAGAUUAGUGCAGGACUUUGGACUUGAGAUGGAGGUAGCCCAGCAUUUAGCGAAGUCCUACGGAGACAGAGCGUUCGCGGUCGCCAAAAUGGCGCAAAUGACUGGCAAGAGAUGGCCGAUCAUUGGCAAGAAGAUCCAUCCAGAGUUCCCCUACAUCGAUGCUGAAAUUAGGUACGGUGUCCGCGAGUAUGCGUGUACAGCUGUAGACAUGGUGGCGCGUCGCUUGCGCCUCGCGUUCCUCAACGUGCAGGCCGCGGCCGAAGCCCUCCCCGGCGUCAUCGACAUCAUGGCCGAGGAGCUCAAGUGGUCCGAUGCUGAGAAACAGAAACAAACCAAAGCGGCGCAAGACUUCCUCGCCAACGAGAUGGGCCAGAUGGUGAACCGCGCCAGCCGCGACAAGAUCCCCAUCAACCUCACCAAGGACGAGAUCCAGUCCUACAUCAAACGCUUCCAGAUCAUCGACAAGGACAGGAAGGGCUUCGUCUCCAUUAACGAUAUUAGAAGAAGUUUGAAGAGUAUGGGCGUGAAGCCAUCGGAUGACGAAAUAAGUGCGAUAUUGUCUGAGAUAGACGUCACUUAUCACGGACAACUGGAAUUGCAGGACUACCUUCAGAUGAUGUCGGCAAUCAAGUCCGGCCACGUGGCGUACUCGCGGUUCGCGCGCAUGGCUGAGAUGGAGGAGCAGCAUCACGAGCAGGAACAGCUGAAGAAGAGCAUCUCCGUCGAGAGGAGCGGCGGCGGCUUGUAGACCAACGUGAUAUAUCACUCAAAGAAAAGAUGUAAGUAGUCAACAUACUAAAUUUAAGAAUAACGUCAAUGAAAUAAAUGUAUAGUAAAUACGGAAAUACAUACUUUAUUUUCAUUUUAAUUAUUUAACUCAUAUUAUUCACCUACCUACUCAUAUUCGUCCAAUGUUAUGGUUUUAAAAUAAUUAUGUUUGUAUUAAUUGUUCCACUAUUUUAGUUUAAUUUAAAAUUAACUGUUCAUUUACUUAUAGUAGACACGAGUACAAAGGAAAAUGGUUUUAUAAAUUAUUUUACUCUCCUACUUACUUAUAUCAUAUUCCCAUUAUUAUGGUUUUGACUUUUGACAUUGCUAUAUUUGUAUGAAUUAAACUAAUUAAACACACAUUAGGACUUUAUUAUUGAGAUAUCAAUUUUUUUUAAUAUGUCCAAUUAAGUAUAAUUAUUUAAAAUAGCAGCACCUAGUCUUUAUUUGUUAAAAGUUUUAAUAGCGUGAAUCUGCAAUUAUAUGUAAGUACCUACCUACAUAAUAUUAUCGUAUACCAUUUUAAACAAGAUUAGGUAUAUUUAUACAUUUUUUAUAUAUUUAUUUUCAUAUACGCACGAAUGGUCAACUUGUACUAUUGUAUUGAAACAAGUUUGCUAGCCCAUGGGUUUAUAAAAAAUAAUAAUAAUAAUAAUUUUAUUUAUUAUACAAAUACCUAAUUAUUUAUUAAACUUUAUUACAAUCAAAUGAAUUAACUAAAUGUGAGAAAUUGAAUAUAAUGAAAAGAUCAACGAAUGUGAUUUAGCCACUAUAUUUGUUUUGAUAUGAUCAAAAUAUUAUAAUUUAUAUUUAUAGUACAUAAGAAUCUUUGUAGCCUUAUAUUUUUUUUAACAAAUAUCUUGCAGAUUACACUGCAAUUUUGUUGUUUUUAUCAAUAUUGUUUUGAUUUAUUAUAUUAUAAAAAAAAUGUAAAAUAUUUUGUGCAAUAAAUAUUUUUGAAAUUCAA